UCGGCUCCGGAACGUGGCAGCUACUACUAUUCCAAUACAAACUACGAGCUUCUGGGCUACGUAAUUGAGAAUAUCACACAAAAUACGGCAGAAGUAGAAAUCUGUCGAAGAAUUAUAGAACCGCUUGGCAUGGAGCACACUUUUCUGGAGGUAUUCGAAUCCAAGAACAAAGGCAAUAUACCACGGCGAUAUCAGUUUGCUACAAAAUUGUAUCGCGAGACGGCAGGCAUGAAUCCUGCUUUACCGGAAAUUGAUGACGGCAAGCUUAUAGACUGCACUGCGUCUAACCUAUCAGUUGAAUGGAUAGCCGGCGAUAUGUUUUCCUCGCCAUCUGAUCUUGUCAAAUUUGCAACUGCUCUUCGCGAUGGAAGACUUCUAAACACAGAAUCCUUAGAGACAAUGAAGAUGUGGCGGCCAACUACAAAUGUGGCUGCUGAGAUAGGCCACUGUCUCUUCAAAAUGGAAGACUCUGAGGAGAACGCGUGGCUCGGCCACUUUGGAGGUGUCUUAGGCUUUACGGGAGCUUUAUGGUAG